ACCAUGCGAGAUAUUUUUACUGGAAUUGUUAAAGGUGUUCAGUACCUUCAUAAAUCCAACAUUAUUCAUGGUGAUAUCAAAGAAGAAAACGUGCUGGUUGGUAUAGAUUCUACAUGCAUGACACACCAAGCACGAUUGUGUGAUUUUGGACAUAGUUAUAUUGCUAUUAAAUCAAGCCCUAGCAUGCACAUGUAUGGCACCAAAGUAUUUUGUCCUCCAGAACUGGUGGGUAAUUUUAUUGCACGGACCAAUGGUAAACAAACGUAUCCUACACGAGUAGAUGGGUUUGCACAGGAUGUAUGGGCAUUGGGAUUAGUCUUAUAUGCAAUGGUGUAUGGAGCGAUUCCAGAUGAAACAAGAGGAUUAUUGGAU